AUGGCAGCUGCGCUGGGAGAGUCUUGUUGCGGUCAUUUCCAUACGGCGCGAAACCCGUCUAGCCAAGCCAGUGUGCGGCGUGAUUCGUUCAAGGCGUCUAAGGCUGGUCAGGGAUUCGAAUCCCUCGACCCCCAAAAUCACUUGGGGCAUAGGAAAUUGAAGCACAGCCAUUGUGCCUGCAUGGAGUUGCGAGUUAUUAAUCGCAGCGUUCCGUCCCGCACCAAACCAAUGCUUUUCUCGCGUUCUCUUCCCCGUCGUGCCGAAACUCUCUCUCUCACCUUUCUUCAAGAUUGCUCGGGGCAGCACCCAUCGUUGACAAUGCAUCUGCCGCUGCUACCAUGGCGGCUUCUCCUCGCAACGGUGCCGCUGGUCACGGCGGUGGCGGGCCAGAGGUGUUACUGGCCCAACGGCGUCGAGGCGACGCAGGCGGUAGCCUGUCCCGUCGCCGGCGGUACCGAGGUCGCGGCGUGCUGCUUCCAGAAUCAUUAUUGCAUGAGCAACGGCCUCUGCUUCUCGCAGACGGAGCUGAGCUUCUACCGCGGCGCGUGUACGGAUCAGAAUUGGUCGAGGAGCGGGUGUCCGAAGUACUGCGACAAGGAGGAGAUUACCGGCGGAGUCCCCGGCCGGCAUUGCGGUGUCGCGUUAUGCGGCGACAAGAAAUUCGCAUGUCAAAACUCGGGCAACUGCGCAAACUACACCUUUGGCGUUCCCGCGGGCCGGAUGCUGCUCAACGAGUAUCUGAAAUCAGACCUCGGCGACCUCGCGACGACGACGGUGACCGCGACCGCGGCAGUAGCAGGACAAAGCACCGGGGCCGCCGCAACGUGUUCCGCGACCGCGGCAGAGUCCAGUAGUAGCAACGGGAUCUCGACGGGCGCGGCGGCGGGAAUCGGGGUGGGCAUCGGCACCCCGCUGGCGCUGGCGAUCGCGGCGCUGACCGUCAUGUUGUUGCGCGAGAAGAGGAAGACGAGGGCGGCGCUGUCGAGCCAGGUGGAUUCUUCCGGGACGGGCCCGUCGUCGCCGUGGGCUAAGUCGGAGCGGACGGCGUAUGUGCCGGUUGAGGUUCACGGACAGCCUGUGCCGAACGAGAUGUCUAUUCUCUUCGAUAUCGUGCACUGGAUCCUCUUGGCCGAUAGGCCACCUCCCAUCGACUCUCAAGUUAUACCAUUAUUGACCACUAUUGUGAAAGAAUCUCAUCGUGAACUUCAAUCUCAUGUCCAGGGACAUCGUUGGGUGAUGAUUAUUCAAGAUGAGAUGCCUGCUGCUCGGGUCAUUGUAACUCCCUUAGGAAAGUUAGAUCUCUUCAUCGUCGCCCGUCAUUUCAACCUCGGAAAUCCCGAAUUACCGCGAAUUACAACUCGACCACGAACACAGGCUAGACAAGAGUUAUUUCGGUUGACGCGCCAACGAGGCGAAGCACAUGCAGGCGCCCCGGCGGCUACGACCCCAAGGCCAGCCAACCACCGCUCACCCACCCUCACCACCAUCGCCAUCGGGCGCCGUUUCGAAAAGGCGUUCAUCAUACGCUUGGCCCCCCCUCCUCUCCUCCCCCUUCUCACCGUUCGCGCUUCAGGGCUGAGGCUAAAUUGCAUGGGAUGGAACGUGGCGUCGCCGGGCGGUCGCGUUUGCGCUUACCACGAGGGAGGCAGACAGACAAUUGUCUCAGGAGAAGGGAAGGUAAGGCUCGUGCUGUCCCCAAUCCCCAAAACAAGCUUGUUCGUGCAUGGGUUUCUCAGCUCAAUGAGGCAUCGUAUGAAAAGUGAACCCCCCAGGUGGCGCGCUGCAUGUACUCGGCUGGCAGCCCAAUCUCAUUUUUUGCUCGUGUUUUCUUUUGAUCUUGAUGCCCUUCUUUCCGUUCAAUCUGUGAUCGUCGUGCGCGUUCGCCUCGCCUUUUUCAACUCUCCUGGCAGGAUAUCGGAGCCAAAAAAAGAAGAAAAAAAAGGAAAGAAGAGAAAAACGACAGAGGAUUUAGGAAUGGCCGAUCAAAUCCAACACCGUCCCCACGCGGAGGCGACGGCGCCAGACCAGCCGGGCCUCGAAGCGGCACCGAGCCGGUACUCCACCGCGCCGAUCCCGUACGACCCUUCCGAGUUCCAGAGCCCGUUGGAAAAGUCGACGUGGACGACAAUCACGCAGGCCCAUCACCCGGCGUAUGCUUCCGCCGCGGCGGCAGACGCGCCGCCGCCAGAGAGACGGCGCGUUCUCGGACUGACGGUGCCUGUCUUCUGGGGCCUGGUGAUUGCGCUGGUGGUUGUUCUUGCGGGGGGUAUCGCCGGCGGUGUGGCGGGGGGUUUGGCGGCGCAAAAGGCCAACAGUUCGGCGGUGUCAGUAGACCCGUCUUCAACAGCCUCGGCAACAGCAGGCUCGCAAUCGGCGCCUACAACCUCAAGCGCAAGCUCAGGCACAGAGUCCCAAUCUUCCCGCUCGACAGCCACCUCAUCCACCACGCGCUCAAUCCCGACGGGCAUCCGCUCCGCGCCAACGGACGGAGGCUGCCCGAGUAUCAACACGACGACCUACACGCCCACCGACGCCGGCGGCAACGCGAUGAAGAUCGGUUCUGGGUACUCGACGCAGACCUUCCGCCAGCUCUGCGAGGUGAAUUACCCCUCGGGCGCGGCGUACGGAAAUCCGGGUCUGUACGAUAUCCUCAAGGUGUACGUCUCGACGUUUGAGGAGUGUAUGGCGCUGUGUGCGGCGCAUAACCAGGCGUACGGGAGUAAUCUCGCCAGCGGGGAUGUCAAGGCGGGAGGGUAUUGUCGGUCUGUUGCUAUGAUUAAGUUGCCGGGGGAGUAUUGUUACCUGAAGAAUGGUACUGGGCUGAGUAUGUGGGAAUGGGAUGCCUGA